AUGGCUCAGAGUCCUGAUCAGCAGAUCAAGCCCUUAGCUCCAUUCAUAUCAUCAACCCACUUCAACAGACAAGAAGAUCAAGAUUACACAUUCGAACAGAAAAAAAACAUUCGCCUAAGAAAGUUCAUUCUGUGCUUCGGUUGUGCCACUGCAAUUGUUGUGUUACUUGUUGUCAUAGUAUUGGUCUUGGGCUUCACCGUUUACAGUGUCAAAGAACCCGAGGUGAGGAUGAACAGGGUUACCCUUCUCAGUGGAACUUUUGCCAACGGUGCUACUGACAACGUUACACUUCUUGCUGACAUCUCUGUGAAGAAUCGAAACGCUUUUAUCUUCAGGUUUGGAAACGCCACCACUGAUGUUUACUAUGAUGGUGCGGGAAUAGGUGUGGGUGCAUCUCCAUCAGGGAAAGCCAAGGCCAGAAGGACCAUAAGGGUCAACACCACCAUAGAGAUUAUGGCAAAGAAGCUUUUGGAGAAUCCAAAUAUGGUUACUGACCUAAAGGAUCAAGCUUUUAAUGUCAGCAGCUAUACCAGGAUCCAUGGUAAGGUCAAAAUACUUAACAUUUUUCCCAAGAAAGUUGUGGUUAAGAUGAAUUGCACAAUUGCAUACAACAUCACCACUGGGUUGGUCACAAAUGGUGACAAUUGUCUUGGAACCGUUGAUAUUUAG